CUUGCACCACUUAUUAUAAAGUCCUUGUUUCUCUUUUCAAGUAGAUAACUCAAGCAAACUACAAAACAUAUAUAGCAAAUAUGGCAUUGGACUUGAAUAAGAUCAAGGAGAAGACCAUCCUCAACAGCCCGGCCCUUGUCGAUUAUAUUAUGAAAACAAGUGCUUACCCCAAUGAGCAUCAACAAAUGAAGGAAAUUAGAGAUGCCACUCUAGAGAAAUACCAACACAUGAGUAUCAUGAAUGCAUCCGCUGAUGAAGCACAAUUUCUAUCAUUAUUGUUGAAGCUCAUGAACGCUAAAAACACCUUUGAAAUUGGUGUUUUCACUGGCUAUUCACUUCUUGCUACUGCACUUGCUCUUCCUAAUGAUGGAAAGGCAAAGUUUUUCCAUUAGUAAAAUGUUAAAAUGCCUUAAUUAAAAUUUCAGGAUUAUGGCGUUUUUGCUUGAUAAUUAGAAUGAAUUUAUUUUAUCAUAAUUGAUGAUAUAUGACACAUUUAUGUACUAGGUAAAAAAAAAAAUAAAAAUAAAAAUAAUAAAAAUAAAUAAAUAAAUAAAAAAUAUGACACUAACUCCUAAUUAGAAUGAACAACAAAGUGUAAGGCCUUUUAACUUCACUUUAUAUUUAUU